CUCAUUCCAUUCAACGGAACCUGCUAUUCUCAACCGCUGGUCAAAAUCACCCCUCCCAGCGGCGAGGCGAUUUUCUCGUUCCUCGAUCCAGCUACUCUGGUCGUAUCGCAGCGCGCCUCUCCAGCCGAUUGCUCCGCAUUGGCAUGCGUCAAAAUAGAUGCUUCCACGUCCUGGCCACCGCGAGCGAUUAUGAAACCGGUCAAGGUGCUGCAGUUGUCGGAUCAAGACCGUUAUUUUGUGGCUCAAAUUCCGAUUCGGGUCAAUAACAUUAGCGUGCUCGCGCUCAUUGACACAGGUGCUUCCAUAACCAUUACGUCGGUUGAAGCCAUGCCACUGUUUGGAACCUUCAGCCUCGCUGAAAGCGACGUGACAAGCGCAGUAGGCAUGGCAGGGGUACCCGUUCAUCUCAUGGGCUACGCAUUUCUUUCAUUUGAAAUUGGCUCAUUAUCAUUCAACCAUCCAGUCUACUUUACGAAGUCGGCUUGCAUUCCCGACGUUGCCGACACUUAUAAUAUAAUUCUGGGAAACGACUUACUGCGCAAACUUCCCCCAUGGUCAAUCGAUUACGGUAACCGCACCUUGCGAAUGGCUGACCAACAGCUGAAAAUAUUAUGCGCGGUUCCUGAUGAGCGGCCAGCGCCACCCGAUCAGCUGGUGGCGGUCCGCGUCGCCGAAACUACCGUACUCCCUCCCGCAGCCGAGACCUUUGUGAGGUGUCGGACGGAAGGGAUCGAUUCCGGUCCAUUAAUGUUGAUCACACAAAGCGAAAAGCUUUCAGAAAAAUCCUUAAUGGUGACACCAGCUGUGAUCAACACGAACGAUCCACUCCUUUUGGUAGCUAACCCUUCUCCCAGACCGGAAACGCUUUACAAAGGUCAGCACCUUUCAUCAGCUGUUCCUCUUCUUGAA